UUGUUAUUCUUUUGCUCACGUGCUUUCGUGUUUUGUCACUUUUGUGUAGUGUGCACUGGGAUUGUGCCACUACGAAAUUGUAAUUCCGAAUUCGUGGUCAAUCAUUACUACUAUUAUAAUUUAUUUAUCGCCGACCUGCUUACAAUGGCCAAAAGUAUAAGGAGUAAGUGGCGCCGGAAGAUGAGAGCUAUCAAGCGGAUCAGGUAUGGCGUGAAGGAAUUAGACAGAUUGAAGAAUAUGCUGGUUAACGCUGGAGAAAUAGAAGUCAAGGAAGGCGGUGAAAUUGAACAUGUUUGUUUAGUUAAAGCUAAGAAUGAAGAAGCUGAAAAAAUUCAACUAGAAAAGGAAGAAAAAGCUAAAGUGGAAAAAACUGCAGAAUCUGUAAAGGAAACUCCAAAAAAAGUUCAACACCCAACUUGGCUCAGAAAAAAGGAAUACAAAAAAUACAUAAGAAGUUAUAGAAAACAACAGUCAAUCAACGCUAAAAGAAUAAAGGGAUCAAUUAAAAAAAAAAAAAGUAACGCUAUAAAAAACUUGUAAUUUUGACCAUUUGAAAAAUAAAAUAUUACUGUUUAAAGUUUA